AUGAAAAGAUGCUCUCCUGUCCUCAACACUGCUAAUGGGGUAGCUGUCGGUGAAGCAACCCUUCCAAUUUGGAAGGAACACUUCAAGACCUUGCCGAACCGGCAAACACCGUCAGCUCCUGAACUCGAGCACGUUCAUAGGCCGACAAAUGCGGUUAACGAGGAACCACCUACCGAGUCGGAGGUUCUGGUCUGUAUCCAAAGGAUGAGAAAUGGAAAAUUUGGUGGAGACGACGGGAUUAGCGCAAAAAUGCUGAAAUAUCUAUCAUCCGUCUGGGAUUCGUAA